GACGUUGGCACCACAGUGACGUCAUUUCAAGAUGGAGGUUAGUUGUAAAUGUUUAUACUGUGCGUGAAAAUUUACACUGGAAAUAUUAAGAAUAUUUUUGCGUAAUUAUGAAUAUGUCGGCAUUGUUUGCAUGUUCACGAUGUUUUUCAAGGCACCCCUUUGAAGAAUUAUCAUCAGGACAACAAUUAUGUAAGGAAUGUCGGGGUGCUUUUCCUGUCGUGAAAUGCACUUACUGCCGGUCAGAAUUCCAGCAGACAAAUAAAGGGAGUCCCAGUACUAUCUGUAAAAAGUGUGAAACUAAUGUAAAGCAAUUUGGAAGGCCGUCAGCAUGUGAGUAUUGCAAUAUAAUUGCUGCAUUCAUUGGAAACAAGUGUCAGCGGUGUACUAACUCAGAGAAGAAAUAUGGACCUCCAGUUACAUGUGAACAGUGUAAGCAGAAAUGUGCCUUUGAUAGAAAGGAUGAAGAUAAAAAGGUUGAUGGCAAAUUGUUGUGUUGGCUGUGCACUUUAUCUUACAAGCGUGCUCUCGCCAAGACAAAGCAGAGUGACGCAGAGAGGCGAGCACACAUCAAACUAGCAGCCCAGAGAUCUUCCAAAAACAAGGAACAUGGGAAGCACAAGGGCCACAACAAGCGCCCACACCGGGUGGAUGUUACAAAAUUAAGUCAACCCAGUGGAGAGAAAGAUGGUGGAGAGGGAGGUCCACCAACCAAAGUAUCCCGUGGAGGUGCUGGAGCAGGCAACAAUAGAGGCGAUCCACAUGAUCCGAACUCAUCAGACCAUGUGGUUGCCAUGACUCAGCUGAAGGAGCAGAUUGCUUCUCUGCAGAAACAGUUAAAUCAGAAAGAUUCUCAAUUAUUAAGCAAAGAUAGAAUGAUCACAGAAUUAAAAGCUAAACACUUCACAGUUGAGAAUGAACUUCGAAACAAGAUGAAAAACAUACAAAAGGAACAUGAAAAUAAAGUGGAAACUCUGUUACUAAAAAUUAAAACACUGCAAAAGGAAGUGGCAACGUUGUCAAAAAGUGGAAAGAAACAAAUGCUGUUAGCAGCACGGGACUUGAGUGCUGGUGGCGGCGGCAGUGGUAGUGGUACUGACAGUCCGUCCCUAGCGUAGUACUUUGUUGUCCUAAUGCUGUGCUGAAAGUAGAUGGAUGGUUUUCUCAGAUUAUACAAAAAUUGGUCAGUGGUGGCUCUUGUGAACUUUCAGUUUCCGUGAAAGAUGGUAAUUUUCUUCUAAAAGUUUGUGAUCGUGAUACAUUAAUACUGUUGUUGUGUUCCUGCACAUUGUCCAUUGUCUUGUUUCUAUUUAAAACACAUAACAUUACUACAACUCUGUCCAGUGAAGAUUAUAUGUAAAAUUGUUUCUUUAUGUUAGUACCAUACAGAGAAUUUGUCUCUUUGACGUUUAGUGAUGACUUCUAUUAUGAUAGUACCGUGAUUUUAACAAGAGUAGCCAUGAAAUAGUGUGUGGAUAUAGGUGCUCAGCCUUGUGUAUGGAGCUUUUUAAUGUUUGUCUUAACUCUCGCAGAUGGUUUAUGCUGUGCUUGGUUUAUGUAUCCUAUCUUGUGUGGGUGCUGGUGUCUGGAGGUAGGGACUAGCUUUAUCAGUUAGGUUCAACUGAGUAGGUUCCACCGGAAGACGGAGGCAGAAUCCAAUCUUUGAAGGGUUGUGUUUUUUAUAUAAAAGUGUAAAAGGAGGACAGUGGAUAAUGUCCAGAAACACAAUAAUUGUGGUAAAUUUCUUGAUUAGCUAAGAGACUGUUACCGACCCUGCUGCAUGGAGUAAAUGAAUUUUAUGUAGUUAUAAAAAGCGGCAUGGUUCAGCACUGUGUGACAGGACUGGAACAGGAAGAUAAUCAGAUCAUCUGUGCAGCUUAAUUUAUUUAAUGUUUAUCUUUUUAUUGUGCGAAUGUACAAAUCUUCUCUUGAGUGACAUAGACUGGACAUGAAUUAAUAUAAAGAAAAAACACACACACACACACAUAAAUGACAGUUUUUAAUCCUUGAAUCGUAUCAAUAUUUCCUGAUGAAGGAUUGCAGUUUUUUACUGGAUAUCAUUCAUAUCUGUAGUACAUAAUAGGCAACAGUUAUUUUUACAGAUUUUGAGUUUUAAAAGUCUCAUAGUAUCAAUGUAAUUUACAUUUGUGAUUUCAGUAACAAAUAUUCAUUUUCAGCAUUACUGUAUAUUAAUAAUAUUUCUGUAUAAACUAUUUAAAAUGGAUAAGAGACAGGGAUUUCACUUGAAUCAGGCCCUGUCAUUAGCCAUAUCUCAAGUGUUGUAGCUAUUUACAGGAAAUCAGUUCUUUGACCAUGUAUUGUCUGGUUUGCAGUUGGCUCUGCAUAAUUUCUUAUUUACUAGAUCUGAAGUCCUCACAGUUGUGACUGUCCUCUGGGAUGAAAUGCUAUGUGGUCUGAUAGACGUACACCGACAUUUCAGAGGAAUGACAAUAGACUUAAUGGACCACAUAGCAUGACAUCCUAGAUCUCUUCAGUUUGUUUGUUCUGUAUCUCUCAUACAUCUUCACAAACAUAAGUAUGUGUGAACAGGAUAAAGAUAGUCUAACAGUAAUACUGCAAAUUACUAGUAGUGUUUCUCCUACAGUUUUACUAUAUGGAUAUAUGGUAGAUGCCCCUUCCAUGUAUCCUGCAAUUAAUUUUUUCAUGGAAGCACCUUUUUCUCAUUUCAUACUCAAUGCACAUUACUUUCUUUUAGCUCACUCACUGGCCACUGGACUUUCUACUAGGCUUCUAGGCACAGUGAUCAUGGAGAAACAAAUGCAUUCAAACAAAAUGGCCAAUUGGCCAACUAUUCAAUCAUUGUGCUAAGCCAACAGUUCAAAAACUAGCAUGAUUUCUGGAUGGUAGAUAAGAGUACUUGUGAAAACAUCAGUCUUCUUUACAAAUAUUAAUGGUCUAUAUGAAUGUAACUCAACAGUAAUAGUUGAAACAGACAGUAAAGAACUGGAAACAGUGUGUAACAGGUCACUUUGGGAUAAUCUGUUUAACAUAUGCUGUCACUUAGAAUCUCAUGCAAGCAUGAUUGAUAAUAUGUAAGCACAAUAGAUCAUUGGAAGGUUGCAGUGAAAGGGCUGGAUUAUUAUGCCCCAUCCCUUAUGAUAGUAACUGAACAACAGACAAAACAUGAACUAUUCCAACUAGUGGCAUGCUUUCACGUUGACUGGUUAUGUUAAAUAUAUAUUUUUGCAUAAAA